UGACAUUUAACGUAAAAUCAACAACUUGUUUCCUUCACGGGAAUUUUCUAAAUUAACCGCGUAGUUGAUCACGGAAGAAGGUUGUUGCAUCACAUGCAAUGUAUAACAUACUUAUUCGAUAAGAAAAUAAACUUGUGUGUAAUUUUCGACAUGUCAACGUUCAUAAAAUACCGAAACGAUAGUACAGUGAGUGUUGAUGAAGCUUGUACAAAGGAUAGUGUUACGUACUAUUUAAUAACAGUAAACGUUGGACCUGUGAAAUGGACCGUGCGACAUCGUUACAGCGAUUUCGAUGAACUACAUGACAAAUUAGUUUCCGAUCAUGGAGUUGCUAAGGAAUUAUUACCGCCAAAGAAAGUCAUACGAAAUAAAACGCCUAAAUUUAUCGAGCAAAGGCGUGAAGGUCUCAAUGACUACCUCAAAAACGUAUUUAACUAUCUAAAGCUCACUAUGCCUUAUAUUUUUGCACAUUUUCUUGAUUUUCAUCUUUAUGAUAUAUACUUUUUGCUGCAAGAUUUGGCUAAGAAAUUUUUUUUGGAAGGUGAUAAAUUACUUCUAAAUGAAAAGUCACAUAAAUUCAGUCCUUUGGAGCUCCAUGCCAUCAGUGAGAGAUUCAAAAUGGCAUGUCCAGCAACAGAGAAACAAGACCAAAUGUAUGACUUUAGCCAUGUCUUGGAUUUCUGUUCACAAGUAAAUUCAUUGAGUAUUGAAGGCAGUUAUGAGGUACUUGGCACAAGUAAUAUUGUGCCAAAUGACCUGAAAUUUGACCUAAUACCAUUUAAAACAUUGAUGGAUUUAAAGAUACUUGGUGUACCAAUGGGAUGUAUACAAAGUGUCGGUAGUCUUCGUGAUACUCUAGUCAGUCUGUCGGUGUUAAUUGCAAGUGUGGUAUCACUCAAUGAGUUUCUAUUAGUAGAUGUGGUGCAUAAGGACCCCUCCAGUCUCGCUGACACUGUGACUUGGAAGAAACUCUCCGUUAUCAAUUUUGCCAGUAACAACAUAAAGAAUGUCGACUGGGCGAUCAAAUUAGUUCCAAGAUUGCAGCAAUUAAGCCUUUCUUCAAACCGGCUGAGUGACUUGUGUGACAUAUCUUGUCUUCACGAUCUGCGCGCCCUCAAUCUGGCCAUGAACAACUUCUCCUGCUGUGACAAUUGGCAUGAAAAGAUUGGCAACAUUGUUAAAAUUGAUUUAUCACAAAAUAAAGUUGCCUCCUUAAAAGGCUUUAGCCGUUUAUAUUCAUUAGAAAGCUUAGAUCUCAGCUGCAAUUUAAUAACAGAUAUAGAAGAAGUUCAAAAUAUUUGCAAACUACCCUGCUUGGAAUAUCUAUGGUUGACAGCGAACCCGGUUGCAUCCUCCAUAGACUAUAGAGUUAAAGUCAUCGAGCAAUUUAAUGCAAGAAUGUCAGAGAUUUGUCUUGAUAAUGAAAAGGCUUCGGAAAAGGAAAUAGAUACUGCGAGAGUGUUGCAAGCUUUGAGGAUAGUGAAAGAAGGGAAAACGCCCAGUUUUCUAGAAAAUAGCAACACAACUCACAAUUUUCAUAAAAGUUGACAAUGAUUUUUGUAACCAUGUUAGUAAAAGUCUUAAAUAGUUUAAUUUUUGUAGUGAAUUGGUGUAAAAAGCUAAUAUUUUUGGAGAUGGAAUGAAAUUAAAUUAUUAAAUAUAUGGUGAGUUU